AUGGUAGGAGAUUUUAAUCGUAGUCGGAUAAACCAGUUGACGAAGAAAGCUUCGAGAAUCCAAUACGCGAACGAAUUAUUACUACGGCUCGGAACGGGAUUGACACAGCUGGAUCUUUCCCAAAAUUCGCUGAGUAGUGUCCCAUCCCAUGCGUUGCAUGACCUUCACCAUCUUCUGAUUUUGAAUUUGAAUCGUAAUAAAAUCGCAGCCAUUCACAACAAGGCUUUCGAAGGUCUCGAUACACUUGAAAUCCUAACGCUUUACGAAAACAAGAUAUCUAGUAUCGAGCCAGAUGCAUUCAAAGGACUCGAUAACCGGAGACUCAAGAGGCUUAAUUUAGGCGGAAACGAACUUACGAGAAUCCCAACUGAAUCUUUAAAUUCGUUAGAAUUGUUGAAGAAAUUAGAACUGCAAGAAAAUCGCAUAACAAGCAUAGAAGAAGGUGAUUUCGAAGGAUUGAAAGCACUCGAUUCAUUAGGAUUGGCGCACAAUCACCUCCGCGAAGUCCCGGGGCGUGUAUUUUCCCAUUUGACACAAUUAAACUCUUUGGAACUCGACGGAAAUCAAAUUACCCACGUGGAUCCCAAUGCAUUCAUCGGUCUAGAAGAUAAUCCUCUGACUUGCGACUGCGACCUACGAUGGUAUUCCAUAUGGCUCGCAAAUCUGCGCGACAAGGACGACGAGAUGAUGUCAAAGAAGCGAACAAUCUGCACGAUGCCCACGGAACAUAGCGAGUACUCCGUGCAGAAUAUUCCGCUCGAGAGGAUGGGUUGCGUAGGCAAGAAUGCCGGUAAAUACUCGUCGUCGGCCACCGGAUGUAAAAUCGUGGACGCGACGAUAUUGUUGUUCGUUCUCAUUGUCGUUCUGGUAUAA